AAGACACAAUGUGCAACCUACAACAAACAACUAUAAAAUAAGGUUAUUCAUUCUAUUUUAUUUUCUUUGUACCUUUUUCUCUCUUUUUCCUGGAAAUAAAAAAUGCCUUCUUUUCUUUUCCCCCUUAAAGGUCUUUACUUUUUCCUUAGCCAUCCCAAGGAAUUAUGGCUCAAGACGUUAGGACCUGUGUUCUUGACGCUCGUGUUCAGUGUGUUUUCCAUUGGAUUUUCCAUUAAAGUGUUAUUACCUACCCAAGUCGAAAAGUUACUCGAAUGGCACUGGCCUCACUGGAUGUCUUGGUUCGUGUCUGUGAUUUCCGUUGUUCUCGAAAGUGCUAUUUUAAAUUUGCUUUUCUUUGCCUUCUUGGUUGGUUUCUUCCAAGAUAUGAUUUUCGAUGCUACUAUCAAGGCCAAGGGUCUUGGUCACCUUUUGGAUGAUACUGAUGAUAUUCCCAAGCUUGUUCUCUGGUGGCGUGGGUUAAGAUCCAGUCUUUUAGUUAACUGGGUCUUGAUCAUGGUUAAAAUUUUACUCAUUGUCGUCACCGCGCCUCUUCAGUUAGUUCCUAUUGCUGGUACUGCAUUGGCUUGUUACAUUAGUGGUUGGCCCACGGCUUGGAGUCAACAUUUACAUUACGAUAUGGAAAUUAAGGGUUUAAAGGUAGGUGAAUCUUACAAAUAUGCUGCCAAGAACAAGUGGCACUAUAUCAGUUUCGGCUCUGUUGCUUUCGGUCUUGAGCUUAUCCCUGUGUUCAAUAUCUUUUUCAUGUGGACAAACAUUGUGGGUGCUGCCUUAUGGAUCGCUGAUGAAUAUGAAAAUGAACAUAACCCUCAAAAGUCCAAGGAUAUCUCUUCUGGCGAACCAAGCUCAUCCACUGAUGAAAACACUCCUCUGCUUUCCGGUGACAACGCUUAAUUAUUUCUUUCCUCUUUUUUUUUUACCCACCCCUGUUUUGCUUGAUAUAAUCACAAAAGUAAGGGGAUCUUAUACUUUCUGCAUGACGACAAAUAAAACAUAGCUUGACGUUUCCUUUUAUUACAUUUAA